UACAACUGUCACCCACAUUCAGAGGGACUAGUUUGGACCUAUGCUGGUUCCUUCCUGUCUGGCUGGAGUUGGUGAGCUCCCAUUAGCUCAGGUAAACUGUUUCCAUGGGUGUCCCCAUCAUGGUCUUGACCACUUUGCUCAUACUCUCAUUCCUCCCACUCUUCAACUGGACUUUGGGAGCUCAGCCCAGGGCUCCAAUGUGGGUCUCCACCUCUGUUUCCAUCAACUGCUGUCGAUGUAACGUUGACGCUGACGUAACAUCACUUCUCCAGUCUCUGCUCUCCCUCCCUCAUGACUCAUGCCUCUGCCUGAGUUUAUGUCUGCUGACCCGUCAAGUCCAUGGAAUUUGCCUUUGUUCUGCUGUUCCCAGGGCAACCGUGUUCCAUGUGAGACUGUGAAUACAUGGGGUAGACUCCAGAAGAUGUUGCCUGUCUUGCUGAUCUGCCUCCUACCAGUGGCCGAUGGGAAGAACUGCCUCCAGUGCUGGCCAGAGCUGCCCGCCCUGCUGGACUAUGACCUGCAGGUGCUGUGGGGAAGCCCAGGGCCGCCCACGGAGCUCUCACAGAGCCUACACUCCUUUUUCCUGGAGGAGAACGCCUUACUCAUGCCCUGGUAUCUUGCUCGAGACCAUUUGGAAGAGGAAACAGCUAUAUUCUUCACCCACAUAGACAACGCCAUUAAGAAGCUGAGGGAUGAUAAGCCAGCACUCCUGGAAGAGCUUCGUGUUCAGAAGGGUCUUCUGGCUGAGAGGCUAAAGGAGAGGUCCAUGGAGCUGAAGCAGAGGGGUAAGAGGCAGGGUUGUCCCUAUCCUCUCCCCAACCCAUCACCCUUUGCCCAUGAACUGUAGAAGCCAAAGGGCAGUCCCCUCCUAAGGUCUCCCCAGGAGCUCUGUCCUACCCGCAGGUUCGGUUCUUUCCAUGAGUCCCCUAGUCCCAUGCCCUGCUCCCACUCCCCACUGCUCCCAGCUCUGUCUGCCUCUCUAGUGCCUCAGUUUCUCCACCAUCUCACUUUCCUGGGCAGCCUGCAAUGAUUCCUGUGGUGAGUAUGCCCAGAGCUGAGUUGGAGGGAGGGAUGAGAGUCCCUGCCAUAUCUGAGGCUCUUGUCCAUCACUCUCACAGACAUGCGUACCCCAACGGAAGUCACAAUAUGUGCUGACUGCCGGACACACGUCCUGUUCUGCAACGACCCCACCUUCUGCAAAGGUCAGUGGCCUCGGUCCCACUCAUGGG